UUCUUCCCCCUCAACCGCAGCUGUCAGUGCUGUGUGAGUGCGUGUGUGCUCCUGAGCUCGCUCGGCACACAUUCUAUAAAAAAAUAAAAAUACAAAAAAAUUUCAAAACAUUAAAAAACCAAAAAAUCUUUUUUUUUUUUCUUUUUGUAACAAGUCGGUGAAGCUGGAGUAAGACAUUCGAGGACUGGACGGUAACGUACAAGAAGGGGCUGCCUUAAAAAAAAAAAUCAGUCGACGUGUUACCGAUCAGAAGCGAGGCCAAGUAACGCUAGUUUUGCUUUUUAUCUCUGCGUGUCAAAUUUGAAUGACAGUUUUAAUCCAAUUAGAAGUCGGCUGAGUGUUAUUUUAGCGAACUCAUUUUAUGUUGUUUUUCUUGAAAACACUCCAACUGACCAGGCAACGGUCGUAUCAGCAUUUUGCCCCGAACUGACGCUAGUGACCGUUAGAGAACCGAGCAUUCGAAAACUUUUUUCCGUUAGCUAAAACAAGCUUCGUCCAGUUACUCUGCUAGCCUCCGCGGUCGACGAAAAAAGAAAAAAGAUGAACCCCAGCGCUCCCAGUUACCCCAUGGCCUCACUGUACGUCGGGGAUCUGCAUCAAGAUGUGACCGAAGCCAUGCUGUACGAGAAAUUCAGCCCAGCCGGAGCUAUCCUCUCGAUCCGGGUCUGUAGGGACAUGAUCACCCGGCGUUCCCUCGGAUACGCCUAUGUCAACUUCCAGCAGCCAGCGGACGCUGAGCGUGCACUGGACACCAUGAACUUUGAUGUGAUCAAGGGGCGGCCUGUACGCAUCAUGUGGUCGCAGCGCGAUCCGUCACUGAGAAAAAGCGGUGUGGGAAACAUCUUCAUCAAGAAUCUUGACAAGUCGAUUGACAACAAAGCUCUUUAUGACACCUUCUCUGCUUUUGGCAACAUCCUGUCAUGCAAGGUGGUUUGUGACGAGAAUGGCUCCAAAGGCUACGGCUUUGUGCAUUUUGAGACUCAGGAAGCAGCUGAACGAGCCAUUGAGAAAAUGAAUGGCAUGCUGCUCAAUGACCGAAAAGUAUUUGUGGGUCGCUUCAAAUCUCGCAAAGAGCGCGAGGCUGAGCUGGGUGCCCGAGCCAAAGAGUUUACAAAUGUCUACGUUAAAAACUUUGGUGAAGACAUGGAUGAUGAGAAGCUGAGGGAACUCUUUAAUAAAUACGGAAACGCCAUGAGUAUUCGAGUCAUGACAGAUGACAGUGGAAAGUCUCGAGGCUUCGGGUUUGUCAGCUUCGAAAGGCAUGAGGACGCCCAGAAGGCAGUGGAUGAGAUGAAUGGGAAGGAGAUGAAUGGGAAGCUCAUCUAUGUCGGCCGAGCCCAGAAGAAGGUGGAGCGACAGACGGAGCUGAAGCGCAAAUUUGAACAAAUGAAACAAGACCGGAUGACCCGUUAUCAGGGUGUCAAUUUGUAUGUGAAGAACCUUGAUGAUGGAAUUGAGGACGAACGCCUGCGAAAGGAGUUCUCUCCAUUCGGCACCAUAACCAGUGCCAAGGUGAUGAUGGAAGGUGGGCGCAGCAAAGGCUUUGGCUUUGUCUGCUUCUCAUCCCCAGAAGAGGCCACCAAAGCUGUGACAGAAAUGAAUGGACGCAUUGUUGCCACUAAGCCACUGUACGUGGCUCUGGCCCAGAGGAAGGAGGAGCGUCAAGCCCACCUGACCAACCAGUACAUGCAGCGCAUGGCCAGUGUGCGUGCAGUGCCAAAUCCAGUCAUUAACCCGUACCAGCCUGCCCCGCCCUCUGGCUACUUUAUGGCAGCCAUCCCUCAGGCCCAGAACCGAGCUGCGUACUACCCAGCUGCUGGCCAGAUGGCCCAGCUCCGUCCAAGCCCGCGAUGGACCACACAAGGUGUCCGACCACAGCACUUCCAGAACAUGCCAGGAGCCAUGCGUCCUUCAGCACCACGCCCCCAGGCCUUCAGUACGAUGCGGCCUACCUCCCAGGUGCCCCGCAUGAUGUCCACCCAGCGUGUCGCCGCUCAGACCAUGGGCCCCCGCCCAUCCACUGCAGCUGCUGCAGCAGCAGCUCCUGUGCGUGGAGUACCUCAGUACAAGUACGCCGCAGGAGUCCGCAACCCCCAGCAGCACAUGACCACUCAGCCACAAGUCGCCAUGCAGCAGCCUGCAGUUCAUGUUCAGGGACAGGAGCCUCUGACCGCCUCCAUGUUGGCUGCUGCUCCACCACAGGAACAGAAGCAGAUGCUGGGUGAGCGCCUGUUUCCGCUGAUCCAGAACAUGCAUCCCAGUCUGGCAGGCAAGAUCACUGGCAUGCUGCUGGAGAUUGACAACUCAGAGCUGCUCCACAUGCUGGAGUCACCAGAGUCUCUCCGCUCCAAGGUGGAUGAGGCAGUGGCUGUGCUGCAGGCUCAUCAGGCCAAGGAGGCUGCUCAGAAGACAGUGACAAAUUCAGCUGGUGUCCCAAGUGUCUAAACCCAAGGAGUGGGGAACCUUGAGACCAGCUUCACCGACAGAGAAAAGAAUUUCACAGUGAAAAAGUUAAAAAUACACAAAACAAAGUAAAAAUAAGUCAAAUAAUAUAUUAAAAAAACAAUGGAAACAAAUCUCCUGCCAGAUCUGAAAUGAAAAACAGGUCUGGUUUGCUGAAUGAAAAAGAGAAAAUCCACCAAAAAAAGAGAAAAAAUGAAAAAAACAAUCAGUUUCGGAGGGAUUUUAGAGGAGAAUUCUGUGAUUAAAAUAAGAUUGAAAACAUUCCUUUCUGCCAUUUUAUCCCUUUUAAAUGUUUCAAUGUUUGGGCUGUAGAAGCCUGUUGUGAAAUUUCCCCUGACCUUUGCUUGCUUGAAUAAAAGUUAUAAAACAGUA